AUGAUAGGGGUUGUACGUGGACGGGUGGAGCUAGAAGUCGGGUGGAAUGUGUUGUACUGCCGUACUGGACGUCUGGAACUCUGGACCGAAAACAACAACUACUACCAGCUGGUCGUCGACAUCAACGUUAUCGCUUUUUUCGUCCGAGAUAAGACGUCGUUCUUGACGACAUUAGCAGUAAUCGUCGGUAGCACUAGUUGCCAUAAACCAGGAUUUUCAAAACCCAUUGAAGGACCAAAACCAGAAUUUAAUAAAGAGUUAAAUGAGAAAGUAUCCUUGUAUCAAGGUGACAUCACAAAAUUAGCAAUAGAUGUUAUUGUUAAUGCUGCUAACUCUAAAUUAGCCGGAGGUGGAGGAGUUGAUGGCGCUAUUCAUAAAGCUGCUGGCCGAGAACUUCAGGCUGAAUGUGCUACAUUAAAUGGUUGUAAGACUGGUUGUGCCAAAAUCACCAAAGGGUAUAAACUUCCUGCUAAAUAUAUUAUACACACAGUCGGACCAAAAGGAGAAAAUUCCGAAGAACUACAAUCAGCUUAUCAAAAUAGUUUGGAUUUAGCUGUUGAAAAGAAGUUAAGAACAAUUGCAUUUCCAUGUAUUUCUACUGGAGUUUAUGGAUAUCCGCAAGAAGAAGCAUCCAUUGUGGCAUUGAAAGCUAUAAGAGGCUUUUUAGAACAUGAUCAUAACUUGAUUGAACGCAUCAUAUUCUGUGUAUUUCUUGAUUCUGACAAAGAAUUUUAUGAGAAAUAUCUACCAUUAUUUUUUCCUCUCGAGUAAGAUUUAUUUUAUGUAUUGUAAAAUAUACUAACCUUUUUACAGCAUUAAAAAUAAUCAUUUAUA